AUGGUGGAACCCUUUUAUGACGUGAUUUUUAAGCAAGCUUUAGUUAUAGACAAUGGUUCUGGCUUAAUAAAAGCUGGUCUCGCAGGAGAAGAACGUCCUUCAUUAGUGUUUCCUUCAUAUGUAGGUCGCCCAAAAUAUAAAAAAGUGUUGCCAGGUUCCAUGCAUGAGCCUGAAUAUUUCGUAGGCUCCGAAGCAGAGCAAUCCCGAGGCCUUUUAAAGCUGAAAUACCCAUUAGAGCAUGGAAUUGUUGAAAAUUGGACAGAUAUGGAAAAUAUUUGGCGCUAUAUCUAUAAUCAAUUAGGCACAAUGCCCCAAGAUCACCCAGUUUUGUUGACAGAAGCUCCUUUAAAUCCUUAUCAAAAUAGAGAAAGGGCAGCUGAAAUUUUCUUUGAAACUUUUAGUGUCCCUGGUAUUUUUAUAGCUGCUCAAGCUGUUUUAAGCUUAUAUGCAAGUGCAGCGACCACUGGAGUCGUUUUGGAUUGUGGAGAUGGGGUUACUCAUGUAGUGCCUGUUUAUGAUGGAUUUUCGCUAUCUCAUGCAACAACUCGUAUUGAUUUAGCAGGGCGCGAUGUCACUGAACACUUGCAGCUGCUUUUAAGAAGAUCUGGGUACAUUUUUAAUACUUCUUCAGAAUUUGAACUAGUAAAGCAAAUAAAAGAAAAAAAUUGUUAUGUUGCUACAAUUUAUAGCAGUGAAGACAAAUUUUUGGAUGAUUCUAAUAAAAAUCCAAGUACUUAUUUAUUACCUGAUGGAAGACCUAUCAAUUUAGGAGCAGAAAAAUAUCGGGCGGCUGAAAUUCUUUUUUCGCCUGAUAAAGUAGGGUUAGAGUAUGCGGGAGUUCAAGAAUGCUUAAUAAAUUCAAUACAAAAAGCUGACAUAGAUCUCAGAAAAACACUAUAUUCGUCGAUUUAUUUAGCAGGCGGAACAACAAUGAUGCCUGGGUUUGGUGAAAGGCUAAUGAGUGAUCUUCGAAGACUAAGUCCAAAAGAAAUGAAAAUUAAGAUUACAGUCCCACCUGAGCGAAAAUUAACUUGCUGGCUUGGAGGUUCAAUUCUUUCUUCAUUAGCAGCAUUUAAAAACAUGUGGAUCAAAAAACAACAAUAUGAAGAGGAAGGCAAAAGAAUUCUUCACUCUCGCACUUUCUAA